CUUCAAAAUCCUUUUCAAUCUCCAAUCAAUCCUACGUAUUCUGCAUCUUCCUGUAUUUUUAUUGGUAUAAGCAACUCAAUAAAGUUAUUUAUAAAUCGUUCUACUAUUCAAACAUUUUGAAUUUAGAAACUAAACACAUAGUCUAUAUAUUAGUUCAUUCAGAUGUGUUCGAGAGACGUUCCACUAUAUUAAUAUCCCUGAAUUGGAUCACGUUCUGACACAUAUGGACCGUGUCUAAGAAAACCGUAGUUAAUAAAAACAUAUUUCAUCAUCUGUAAAUACGGUAUUGGUACUUAUUUAGAUUUCUAAUGUAUGGUAAAGCAAGUUUUAAAAAAUGAAUAAUAAUAAUAAUAACUGUAAAUGUGAAACUGACAGUGAUAGUGACGAAUCUACCUCUGAGGAAGGAUCAGAUUAUUCUGAAGAUGAACAGGAUUCAAGAGAACCAAGAUCAACACAAGGUCGUCGUAGGGGGCGUCGAAAACAUCACCGCAGAAAAAAAAUAGUAUGGCCCCCUCCUUCAAAUGCUACUCCAUCUACUUCCACAUAUAUGAAUUGGAAUCUGAGACCAUUGCAUAUUGGGAACCCAAAGCUUGGCGACAAAAUGCAACUUUUUUCUCAGACCGGUCAUCAUUUAGCAGUGUAUGCUGAUGGAGAAGUCAGGGGUACACGAGAUGAAAAUGAUCUACAUACUUACUUGGAAAUACAAUCUGGUGGUGAUACAGGUCUUGUCAGAAUAUAUGGUCUACUAGUAAAAUUAUACAUAACUAUGGAUUCUCAUGGUGGUUUAUAUGGACAGAUAAUGAGCCACGAUGGUCGACCAUUUUCAAAUCAUGUUAGACUUUGGUGUCAAAAUGGAUAUAACUUGACUAUACGGUCAAACGGAGAAGUUCUUGGAACUGGUGAUGAUUCUGAUCCUGAUAGCAUGAUUGAAAUUUCUUCUGGUGGAGACGUUAGUCUAGUAAGGCUUUUGGGCAUUAAUAGCCAGCUGUAUCUAUGUUUUGAUGAUAACGGACAGUUAUAUGGAGAGAAAGAUCCGCUUAACCCAGGCACUAUCUUCGUAGAAGCUUUUAGUGCGUCAUAUUCAACAUUCCAAAGCACAUUGGACUCCAAAAGUUGGUUUAUAGGAAUUCAAAGAAACGGAAAACCGAAGCCAGGCAAAAAGACUGGAGAAACACAAAAGGCCACACGAUUUUUACCUCGAAGAUGAUUAUCAAACGACUUUUAUAUAAACAAACUACAGCAGCUAGAUCAUUCGAAUGAUUCACAUAUUUAUUUUUUCUUCCACAUGUCGUCGGUCUGAUGUGAAAAGUGAAUAAGUCCAAAAUACCUGAUAUUGCAGGAGAUACAAAAUACUAACUGUGCAUAACUCCACUUGUACACAACUAAUAUAAUGUGAAAAUUGCACAAGCCCAUUUUACUAAUAAAUUUGUUUAAUUAUCAAACAAUAUGUGUCAUUUUAACCUGUACCCUAUAGUAGUGAUGUUGAUUAUAGUUACUUUCGAGUAUUCGUUACAAAUCGUUACUUUUGUAUAAAGUAAUCAUUUACAGUAUUCGUUACUUUGAUUACUAUGAUUACUUUUGUUACUUUUGUAUUUGAGUACCUGUAAUCAUAUCGAGAAUCGUAUUUCUCAGUAGGUAGGUAUUUUGUAUAAAAUAAUCAUUUUUUACAGUAUUCGUUAUUUUGUUUACUAUGAUUACUUUUGUUACUUUUGUAUUUGAGUACCGGUAAUCAUAUCGAGAAUCGUAUUCUCAGUAGGUAGGUAUUUUGUAUAGGUAUUCCGAUAUAACAACGACCUUCACCGAUCUGUUUAAGGGAUAAAAAUGAUUUGAUUACUAUGAUUACUUUUGUUACUUUUAUAUUUGAGUACCGGUAAUCAUAUCAAGAAUCGUAUUUCUUAGUAGGUAGGUAUUUUGUAUAGGUAUUCCCAUAUAAUAACUACAAUAGUCGUAGUCAUUACUCGCUCUGAUACGAUUGGUACGAAGUAACGAAGUAAUCAGAGUAAUCAAAGUAAUAAAAGUACAUACAAUAGUCGGUACUCGCUCUGAUACGAUUGGUACGAAGUAACGGAGUAAUCAGAGUAAUCAAAGUAAUCAAAGUAGAUACAAUAGUCGUUACUCGCUGUGAUACGAUUGAUACGAAGUAACGAAGUAAUCAGAGUAAUGAAAGUAACGAUUUGCCUCUCUGUAUAUUAAUCGUUACUUUCGGUAUUCGUAAGUAACGAGUACUUUGUAAUGAAUAGUUACUUUUUCAACAUCACUACCCUAUAGGUACUCACUCGUUUACAAUGAAAAACCUUUUUGUUUGUAUAAACAACAGAAAAUCACAGAUACGUUUGAACGGUGUUGGCCACUAACAAGAGCGAAAUUGUGGGACUUAUGCAGAUUUAAUUUUCACAAUUUUAGCAAUAUCUAGUAAAAUAAUUAUAUUAUAAGGAAACACAGCCGUAUACAGCUUUUGGAUAAUGCUAAAAGAUGCCAUAAAAAGUCUAAAAUUGAAUAUUUUUUACUUAUUCAUUUUUCAUAUUAGGCUGACGAUGUUUACCUAAAUAAUCCUUUUUUUAUUUUCCCUACCAUUAAUCAAAACGAAAAUUUUCGAUAUAUUUUACAUAUUUGUCAAAUUCUAUUAAAACUAUUUUUACAACU